GGGAUAAUUUCCCAACAUCCAGUCACCAAAGUCAUUCACAUAGGGCUCCAUGUACAGUAUUUAAGUGUGUGUGUUGUGUACUGUAUAAGUAAGUCAGCAGAUUGAGGCGGCAGCCAAAAAGUGUUUUUAUCAUUAAACAUUGAUUAUUAGAGUCACUGCAACAGCAAUAAUCAAAAUCUUUCAAAGACAGUGCAUAUUCACAAGUGACCCAUUUUCCCCAAAUUCUUCUGUUUUAUUAUUCAUUUGUGGUAUCUUCUGAAUACUUCCUUUUGUUUUUGUAUUUACAAUUUCUGCCGAAACCUUUGUUCAAGUUCACUCCGAUUUAAUCAGGGUGCAGAUGUUGCUUUUUUGAUCUUCCCGUCUGAUCUGCUGAGGCGAGACAAAUAAUUUUUGCUGCAUCCCUACUUUAAUACACAGCGGAUCCACUCAGCUUUAUUUAUUUUUUAGUGGAUGUAUUUGUUGUUGGAGAAGUAGUGUUGAAUGUGGCAGCUGGGUAAGGCAUUGUCUCCAGAGGCGCGGCUAAUCUGGAUAUGGGAUUAAGAUAACGUAGUAGGUCGGUGUAAAGAUUUGCAUUAUUAGUUUUUAUCAAGACGUAAAUAAAUGGGCGCGUCGUAAAAACGUCCCGUUAAUCGAGAGCGGGUAGAAAAGAGUGCUAGCGCGCCCCCUUGCGUCCAGAGUGAAACUUAACAGUUGAAGGGGUUUUUUCAAGGAAAAAAAAGUCUACGAUUUAAGCGUUUCAAGCAAACUGAACCAUCUGUGGGUUCAAUAAAAAAGUGAAAGACAGUCUACAUUCAGUGUGAACCAAAUAUCUGUUAUUCUGACUUAUUCCAGUUUUGCUAAAGGGAUCGGUGUGCGGCUCGGAUAAACCGGAUACGUGAACAUUAUACUGCAGUUCCUGGGUUGAUCGUAACUUCUCCGAGGUUUAAAUUAAAAUAUUGCGAACAUUUUCAGAAUUGUGUCAGCGCGCGUUAGUAACAUUCUACUUUUUGAGCUACGGCUUUGGUGCACAUUUUUGUAAUGCGCAAUUACUUAUGCGUCCUAUUUGACCACUGUGUGUUUGUUUGAAGCGACUGCGUCUUUUGUUCAAGCUGCAUGCACAUGAUAAGUGAAUGUUCCCAUUUUCAAGUCAGUUCAAUCAGUGGAAGGUUUUUAGGGUGCUGAGCCUAUAACCAAUGAACGAAGCAACCCUGGACUGGACAUCAGUCCCCUGCAGAAUGCAUUUUGAAUGAACUUGUCGGCUAAGGCAAAUGUAUUUCGAUUUCACGACCUUUCGGUAUUCGACUUGAUUCUUACUUAAACUGGAACAAACGUAUUAAGAGCGGUUUGUAAAUCAAGAAAUGUACACAUCGAUUCCAGUGUCAAAUCAAUAACGGCAGUGACAGUUUUGGAAAUGUUUUUGGAUAGUGCUGCGAUUCAUCUUUCUUAUUCCCAAAGCGAAUUCAUACGUUAAAUUAAAUUCACGUCAGCUAAUGUAAAGCGAGAGCCAUUAGCCAGACUGAGCUACUUAAGUGGCCACUGGCUCCUUUAACACGAAGCGGCGCCUUGGAUCGCCCCUGUGUGGUGUCGGAGAGAAUUGCACGAUGCUGUCUGCGAAACACUGUACUAGAAAGUAAUAACGGUCUGAAUGUGGACCUUUUCAAUACGUUUCAUCCACGUCGCUAAUAAGAAAUGAAAGCAAAUAUCGUCAAUCCUUUCUAAAUAAGUCUUCAAACUACAAAAAUUAUUCACACCAGUUUUCUUUUUGUUAUUGUUUAGACAUACGGACGCGCUUAUUAUAAAGAAAACUGCAUGGAACUGUUACGAUGACAAUUUGAUCAUCUUGUCUUUUAUAAGAUGCUACCUUACAAGGCAGCCAUAGCGUUAAACUUGGAGACGGCAGGAGUGUUGAUAAUAGUUUUACUAUUUCUUUCUUUUUUUCAGUCAUCCGUCCAUUUUUAGAACCCACUUAAUUCCACUCUAUUUUUAGGGUCGCGUGUCUGCAGCCCGAUCUAAAUGAUCGCCGGGAUCACGGUGAUUCGGCUGCGCUGCAGUUUGUUUAUUCUCAUUAGAAGUAAUUUUUAUUUUAGUAGCAGUGUCGAUGGAACCCAUUUUAGUAAUUAUAAUAAUAGUAGGUAUAAUAAUGUGUGUGAUGAUGAGGAUGAUGACACCCACAAUAUUUAGAGCAAAGAUCCAGUCUGAUCAAAACAUGUAUCUCUUAAUUGCUUCCUACAACUAAAUCCCUAUAGACUGGGAGUGAUCUGCAUAACCAACCCUUUUUCUAAAGGCGGGGUUCUUUCUUUCUUUCUUUCUUUCUUUCUUUCUUUCUUUCUAUAAGUAACGCAUCGAAUGAAAUAAUCCACACUUUGCUAUAGUAAUCAAACACAAACUUUGUUAUAAUAAUCAAAGGUGUGCGUAAUAAAUUACAAGUGAACUGCGAGUCAUCGCUUCCUUUACAGCGUUAAUUCUUCUCUUUGAGCUGAAAUCAACAGAAAACGUACAGGGAUCCCGAAAAUCAGAAGCAGAUGCUAGUAUAACGUAUAGCAUUCGGGUUGCAGAACUACAUACACCAUUACUGUGUUCCUAAAUCAUAACACUCGUGAGAACAUAAGAACGCUUAACAGGUUUGCCGGGUGUGUCACCGACUCUCCCCUGUUCGUACCCUAGAUGCGCAUCUGAAGUCCCACUGUAUGGCAGGUGCGUGCGCUGUGUCAUUAUCUCUCUUCACGCUCCCUCUUUGCAGUUUCCACCGACACGCAGUCAAAGCGCGUGCUGCUUCAGUCUCAGAAAAAAAAGUGACUGUGCGCCAAACGUUUAAGUGUUCGACACCCGCAUCACUCUAGUUUCGCAUUUCCAUCCACGCAGGCACACAAGAGUGCCGUAUGUGUCAGUGUACACUCUGCUCAUCGUGAUCCAGCCCCGCGCUCCCAGUGACUUGGGUGGCAUGGUGUCCUCGCUCUUCACUCCAGAUCCACAUCUACAUCUGCCGUAACGGAUCACAGUGGCACGCUCUGUUGUUGUCCAUUCUACACCGUGUCCUGCGUACAUGUGCAGCGCGUGCUUUCUGUCUUUUGCUCUAUAUUUCCGCAUUUUGUGCUUUAUUGCCAAACAGGAGUUAUUGUAGAAUUUGUUUCUGUCAUUACUCUGCAUUUCCAUUUGAGAUCCGGCUCCGUAUUUCAGGGCACGGUGCUCCGGGUUUUGCGAGGCGCUGUUCUUGAAACCUUCUUUGAUUUUUUUUCCCCUCUAAGGAUGGUUGCGUCGCGGAUUGGUUGGUCGAAGUGGGACUCGGGAGAGAGAGCUGGAAGGCGAGAUCUCUGACUCUGUGCGUCUCCUCGAUUCUCCCUCUCUCGUUCUGUGUCUCUUUUUUUCCGUCUUCGUGUUUACACACCUUGGCAUUGUUGAAGUGGAGCGGUGCGCCGGGAGGAUGCCGGGGCGCAGAUAACAGCGGAGCUGGAGCGUUGCGCACACUGGCGACUGGGCGCUUUCCCUCUCACUUUGUGUAUUUUCUCCUGACUUUGCGAUGCUUCACUGACAGACGCAACUUUGCGUUUUUAAAGCGAGGACAGCUUUAGACCCUUGAGAGCUAAGGAAGUUUGGCUGAUCAUAACACUUUUUUUGAUUUUUCAUUCUCAUUUUUCGUUUAUUCCAUUUUUUUGGAAAGGACAUAGAAGUAAGGUUUAUUUUGAUCCUGAAACAUUUGUUUUUGUGUUCCGUUCACUUAGUCCCUAAUAAGAUUUGCCUCUUCUUUAAACGCACAUUCAGCCGCACAAGUCGGCAUCUGUUUGUACAAACGAGGCAAUUAUCGCGGCAUCAUUCUGUAUUGUUAUUACUGCUCACGGGUCCCCAAGCAAGCACUCUCUUCCCAGGCACUUCGUUUUAAAGGAUCGGUUUAUUGUUUAUUUAUUUAUUUAAUCUACAAAAAACAACUUGCACGUUUAUUUAAACGAAGAGCUUCGGACGUUUGGCAGCGGAGGUGGAAGGAGGAACUGUCCAGGACCCCGGGGCCCGGAGAGUGGCAUAGCCGGGGAGCGAUGCGCACGUCUCGGAUACAGGGCUCCGCGGCGCUCCGUCUCCUGCUGACUUCACUAUGCGCUUGGAGCUUGUCGGAUGCAGGUACUGAUUAUAGCGACCUUCUUCCUGAUUCAUUCCCCUCCGCCCCUGCUGAGCCUCUCCCUGUGUUCCAACAAGAGCCAGAAGAUGCCUACAUUGUGAAAAAUAAGCCAGUGCAGCUACGCUGUAGGGCCACUCCAGCCACCCAGAUUUACUUCAAGUGUAAUGGUGAUUGGGUGAACCAGAAUGACCACAUCACCAAGGAGAGCCUGGAUGUCAUCACAGGUCUUGUGGUUCGUGAGGUGGACAUUGAGGUCUCCCGGACACAUGUGGAGGAACUGUUUGGACUGGAAGAUUACUGGUGCCAGUGUGUGGCUUGGAGCUCAGCUGGAACUACCAAGAGUAGGAGAGCCUAUGUCCGCAUUGCCUACCUCCGGAAGAAUUUUGAACAGGAGCCUUUAGGGAAGGAGGUGCGCCUCGAACAUGAAGUUCUGCUUCAGUGUCGACCCCCAGAGGGCAUCCCGGCAUCCGAGGUGGAAUGGCUGAAGAAUGAAGAUCCCAUUGACCCGGCUAUGGACUCCAAUUUCCUGAUCACUAUUGACCACAACCUGAUUAUCAAGCAAGCACGGCUCUCCGACACUGCAAACUACACCUGUGUGGCCAAAAAUAUUGUAGCGAAGCGACGCAGCACUACUGCCACCGUCAUUGUAUAUGUGAACGGUGGAUGGUCCACUUGGACGGAGUGGUCCCCGUGCAACACCCGCUGUGGACGAGGCUGGCAAAAAAGGACCCGGACUUGCACAAACCCUGCUCCCCUAAAUGGAGGCUCCUUCUGUGAGGGUCUUCCAUAUCAAAGGAUUGCCUGUGCCACCAUGUGUCCAGUUGAUGGUGGCUGGACUGAGUGGACUAAGUGGUCGGCCUGCGGCACGGAGUGCACACACUGGCGCAGUCGGGAGUGCCAGGCACCAGCACCCAAAAAUGGGGGCAAAGACUGCAGCGGUCUGCUCCUGGAGUCCAAGAACUGCACUGGUGGGCUGUGUAUGCAGAAUAAAGUUUUUAAUGAACCUAUUAACCAUCGCUUGGAAUCCACUGGUGACGUAGCACUGUACGCCGGCCUGGUGGUGGCUCUUUUUGUAUUCUUAGUGAUUGUGAUGGCGGUUGGUGUGGUAAUUUAUCGACGGACUUGCCGCAAUUUUGAAACCGACAUCACAGACUCCUCUGCAGCCCUCACAGGCAGCUUUCAUCCAAUCAACUUUAAACCACGGCACGACAACUCUCACCUCCUGAACACCUCUCUCCAGCCAGAUCUAACAGCUAAUGCAGGACUGUACCGAGGGCCUAUGUUCUCACUGCAGGAUUCAGGGGACAAGAUUCCUAUGACCACCUCACCCUUGCUAGAUCCCCUGCCCAACCUGAAGAUAAAGGUCUACAAUUCAUCAACAGUGUCUUCUCUGGGACUGCCCAAUGGUGACCAGGUCGGCGAAUUUUAUGGUCAAGCAGCUGGCACCUACCCAGGUGGGGGAAUCAAUAGCAAUCAGGUUCGGGACAGUGAAAUCAUGAACAUCAAGAACAAGGCACUUAAUUCAUCCCACGCCCCACCCAGGGAAACCACCACCACCGUGAGUGGGACAUUUGGGUGCUUAGGAGGCCGACUUUCUAUCCCUAACACAGGUGUAAGUCUCAUGGUGCCUCAGGGUACCAUUCCUCAGGGCAAGUUUUAUGAGAUGUACCUCAUCAUCAAUAAGCAUGAUAGCACUACGCUACCCUCGGAGGGCACGCAAACACUUCUCAGCCCCAUGGUGACAUGUGGCCCCACUGGGAUGUUGCUUUGUCGUCCAGUUGUCCUCUCCCUACCACAUUGUGCUGAUCUGGCCUCCUCAGACUGGAUGGUGAAGCUGAAGACACAGUCCCACCAAGGCAAUUGGGAAGAGGUGGUAACUCUGGAUGAGGAGACACUCAGCACACCCUGCUACUGCCAUCUUGAAGCUCAGUCCUGUCAUAUCCUCUUGGACCAGCUGGGCACUUACAGUCUAGUUGGGGAGUCUUACUCGAGUGCUGCUCUCAAGCGUCUCCAGCUAGCGAUCUUUGCUCCCAUAAAGUGCUCUUCACUGGAGUACAGCCUCAAGGUUUACUGCAUCGAGGACACGCCGGAUGCACUGAAGGAAAUCCUUGAGGUAGAGAAGACCCUUGGUGGCUACCUGCUUGAAGAGCCGAAGCCUCUGUUUUUUAAGGACAGUUACCAUAACCUAAGGCUCUCCAUUCAUGAUAUCCCACACUCCUUGUGGAGGAGUAAAUUACUUGCCAAGUAUCAGGAGAUUCCUUUCUAUCAUAUUUGGAGCGGCAGUCACCGUGCACUACAUUGCAUCUUCAACUUGGAGAGGCUCAGUCCAGCCACCAUGGAACUCGCCUGUAAGAUAUGUGUACGGCAGGUGGAGGGUGAAGGUCAAAUCCUGCAGGUUAAUGCGCUCAUUCAGGAGAAUGUUAUACCAUUUGACCCCUUCCCAGCACUACGGGGUCCCAAUUCCUCCACUCAGGUGGGCCCAUAUGCCUUCCGUUUGCCAUCAUCAAUCCGUCAGAAGAUCUGUACCAGUUUAGACGCUCCCAGCACCCGCAGCAAUGACUGGAGAAUUCUGGCCCACAAGCUUGGCUUUGACAGAUACCUGAACUACUUUGCCACCAAGUCUAGCCCGACAGGAGUGCUGCUGGAUCUCUGGGAGGCUUGCCACCAUGAAGAUGCAGACCUCAAUUCGCUGGCCACCGCCCUGGAGGAGAUGGGAAAGAGUGAAGUUUUGGUGGUUAUGACAAGUGAAGGAGACUGCUAACUAGGCAGACCUAGACCCACACUCCCCAAAAACCAGGCCCCCACUUAGAGGUGCAACCAGCACCCUGCAGUCAGGAUGCACGCUGCGACAUGGAAGUCACAAUGCAAAUAGUUGUGUCUAGCUGCCUUCUGGUGGUCUAGGAGACCACACCAGUGAUGAUGGUGUUGUGAAGAGCAUGUGGUCAGGUAUCACAGCAAUCCGCAUCUCAUAAUGAAAUGUUGCAGUUGAUGGAUUCACCUCUGCUCCCUUGUUUGAUCCGUUUUGCAGGCCUUGCCGGCUUCUCAAACUGGGAGACUAACACCGAACAGUUGCCUUAGAUUCAUCAUUCAGUCCUCAACAGUAGAUCAUCGUGUCAAUCCAGUAAGCCACUUCAAUUGACUUUCAGAAAAAGCAAAGGCAAGAAUGGGAGGAUGGAAGGGGGGAGGUGAUGGUUUGGAGUGGGAGGUUUUGGUGGUGGUGAUGAAAAUGCGAACUAUUACAUGAGAAGUUUGAGGGGUACAGUCCUUCAUUCCCACCCUGGACCAACAAAAGGCCUUGCUUUUGACUUUUUUUAGUAAUAUUUGCCAUGAUUGAAAGCAGGAGGAGUGUUGGAGUGACACAGUUGGAUUAGAUGGGCUUUAUGUGUCAGCUCUGAUCUCCUUACUUCCUGGGUCGGGGUGGGGAGAAUGUGAUGUGAGGGGAACAAAUAAUUGAAUAGCUCUUGGAAAGCAGUAGCAUGCUACAUAUGGUCACUAAGCCUGGAAAUCAAACGACCAUUCACUAGCCAGGUCCAAUCCCCCUGCCUCCUUGUGCUUUCCACCAACAACACGCUUGGCUGACUGCCUACUCUGGAAGGUGCUGCAUUUCUGUUAAAAAAAAAAAAACAAACAAACAAA